AUGCCUGAUGAGCCGCUUAACCAACGGCGUAACGCGUCGCAAAAUGCCACAAGUCAAGCCGAUGUCAUCAGAAAAUUUGUUAUAGCCUCAGCGCCGCAAGAAUAUACAAGUAAUAGUGGCGGUGGUGGGAGCGGAAAUGGCUUUGGCAGCACCAGUGAAAGUAGUAGUAGCAGCAGCAACAGUGGAGGCAGCAAUUUUAUUAUCAGCAGUAGCAAUGGAGGUGGUGGUAAUGGUGGUAGUAUAAGCAUUAAUAGUAAUAGUAAAUUAGCAUCUUCUUCUUCUUCUUUGUCGUCCUCGUUGUCUUCAUCGUUAUCAUCAUCAUCGUCGUCGUCCUCGUCACCCUCAACGUCCUCGUUAACGUCAUCUUAUUCUUCGUCGUCGGUGUCAUCAUUAUUGUCUCCAGCCUCGGUAGCGGCAUCAUUUACACCAUCCGCCGCAUCAUCAGCGCUGGCAUCCUUGGUACAGGCGGAGGCGCCGUCAUUAGAAACAUUUGUGUCAGCAGCAUCUACAUCAGCAUUUGUGGAACCAUAUUUGGAUGGUUAUGCCACGACAAAUGUCACGGCACAAAUUGGUACACACGCAUAUCUGCCAUGUCGGGUGAAACAACUCGGAAAUAAAUCAGUUUCCUGGAUACGUGUACGAGAUGGCCACAUACUUACUGUUGACAGAGCUGUCUUCAUUGCUGACCAACGAUUUUUGGCUUUGAAACAACCCGACAAAUUUUGGACAUUGCAAAUAAAAUAUGUGCAGGCCCGUGAUGCUGGUGCCUAUGAAUGUCAAGUGUCAACAGAGCCAAAAGUUAGUGCUCGGGUGCAUUUACAAGUAGUUG